AUCCCCUAUUUGGUCCCUGUAUUUUACUUAAGUGGCCCUUUUGGUCCCUCUAUUGUGAAAUGUUCCAAUUGCAUCCCUUUAUUAAUUUGAUUGGGACAAUCCAGUCCAGUAGCUGACGACCGUUAGCAUCUCCGUCUAUUGAUGAUGACAUGGCGAUUACAUGGCGAUCCAUGUAAUAAAAUAUUACCAAUUAUUAAAAUAUUAAUUUAAAAAAACCGGUCAUAUCAGCACAAAGCCCGCAAACCCGUCAAUUCAGAAGCUACUUUCCUCUUCCCUCUUCUCCAUCUUCUCCAGCACACCAAACCCCAGCCCUAAUCUCCAUCUCACUUUCAACACCUCUCAACUCCGGCCAUCGUCAUUCUCUUCUCUUGGAUCGACUUUGACGUACGCCUCUCAACUCCAUCCCAUUUUGCAUGACUAGUGGCCCUGCAAAUGUCCAGAACAAUAUGACUUCUUGGGAUGAGUUCAUAAUCAAGUAUCAUCAUGGAGGGAAAUUAAAUCGAGAAAUAGAUUUUGAAUAUCUAAAUGGGUCAGUGACAGAAUUCCAUGUUGAUCCCGACAAGCUUUGCUAUUGGGAUGUGUUAGGAGAUGUCAAAGAGAUAGGGUGUGAUAUCAACAAUGUUGUGGAGUUGUCUUAUAUAGAUGAUGACAGGACACUAAAAUAUAUUCACAAUGACCAGGGCAUUGUAGGUUUAGUUGAUCAACUAAGAAAACACAGGGCAGUGGAUGUUUAUGUGGAGAUUUCAAAUGUUAAACAUGACAUGAUUUUACCAAAAAUUUUAUUGCCUGGUUCACAUAAUGUUGAGUUGAAUGUGGGACAAGACAACCAAAGUGAGAAUGAUAGUGAAUCCAACAAGGAUGAUGAUGACAAUUUAGUAGAUGUUCCAUUUAUAAACUACACUUCUGAGGCUGAUGAUGAAAGAGAAGAAGCUAGGGACAAAUUAAAAAAAUAUGUUGAAUUGAAGAAAUCAAUUUUGGAGGAUGCUAAUAAAAAUGCCAAUGGAGAUGGAAAUAUAGGGCCUUCCAAUGACACUAAUGUAGAUGGGGCAUCUAGAGAUAUUGUACAUGACACUGACACAGGGAAAGUAACUGGCUAUAGUAGUGACUACUUUGAUUCAUCUGAUCCCGGGAGCUAUGAUGAUACAAGUGAUGGAUCCAGUGCAGAUGAUGCAAAGAGGCACAUGUCUAGUAUGCAGCACUACAACCCUAAUGUCCCUUUGCAGGAUUUUUGUCUUGGCCUUAGGUUUCCAGAACUGAAACUCUUCAAAAAGGAACUUGUCCAAUUUUCAACAAGAAAAGGGUUUGAAUUCAGAUAUAUUAAAAAUGAUGCAACCAGAAUAAGGGCUCAAUGUACUUGAAAAAAUUGCAGUUGGUU